AUGGUCAACUUGAACACUAUCCCACCCAAAAAUGGCAGGGACUACUACAUUGCGCUUGGACUUGAAGGUUCUGCAAAUAAACUGGGCGUUGGUAUAGUUAAGCAUCCGCUUCUGCCUAAACAUGCCAACAGCGAUCUAUCUUAUGAUUGCGAAGCUGAGAUGCUUUCUAAUAUUAGAGACACAUAUGUCACACCUCCUGGGGAGGGAUUUUUGCCUCGAGACACGGCAAGGCAUCACAGAAAUUGGUGCAUAAGACUCAUAAAACAAGCACUGGCCGAAGCUGACAUCAAAAGCCCGACACUAGACAUUGAUGUAAUUUGCUUUACCAAAGGUCCCGGCAUGGGGGCCCCUCUGCAUUCAGUUGUCAUCGCCGCCAGAACGUGCUCCUUACUGUGGGACGUGCCACUGGUGGGAGUAAACCACUGCAUUGGUCACAUCGAAAUGGGGAGAGAAAUCACUAAAGCUCAAAAUCCUGUGGUACUGUAUGUAAGUGGUGGAAAUACACAAGUUAUUGCAUACUCGGAAAAAAGGUACCGUAUCUUUGGUGAAACGCUUGAUAUUGCUAUCGGUAAUUGUCUUGAUAGAUUUGCAAGAACUCUGAAGAUACCUAAUGAGCCCUCGCCUGGCUACAACAUCGAGCAGUUAGCUAAAAAAGCCCCUCACAAAGAAAACUUGGUAGAACUUCCCUAUACAGUAAAGGGGAUGGAUCUUUCGAUGAGUGGUAUAUUGGCUUCCAUCGAUUUACUUGCCAAGGAUCUAUUUAAGGGCAAUAAGAAAAAUAAGAUCCUAUUCGACAAGACAACGGGCGAGCAAAAAGUCACUGUAGAGGAUCUUUGCUACUCUCUGCAAGAGAACCUAUUCGCCAUGCUAGUUGAAAUAACAGAAAGAGCUAUGGCUCACGUUAACUCCAAUCAAGUUUUGAUCGUAGGCGGUGUUGGUUGUAACGUGCGAUUACAAGAAAUGAUGGCGCAAAUGUGUAAAGACAGGGCCAAUGGGCAAGUACAUGCUACAGAUAAUAGGUUUUGUAUCGAUAACGGAGUUAUGAUUGCCCAAGCAGGACUACUAGAGUAUAGAAUGGGUGGGAUCGUGAAGGACUUUUCUGAAACUGUUGUUACGCAGAAAUUCAGAACCGAUGAAGUAUACGCAGCCUGGCGUGAUUAA